AUGUCUUACACUACAAUAUCAAGUUCUUCAAGUCAACUAUCAUAUGAUGAUGUUAUUAGUUUUCAGGAUGAAGAAUUGGAUGAAGAUAAUCUUGCAGAAAAACAUGCACAAAAUAGAGUUGUGAAAGAUCAUAUUUAUGUAUUGCAAAAUAUUGAUUCUUUGGAUAUUCAUAGAAUAAAAGAAUUAAAUGAAAUUAUAUCUGGUGACUUUGAUUUUGAAGAACAAAUUGGGAUAUGGGAUGGAGAAUUUCCUUUUGGUGAUGUAUUUUGGGUUUGCGGUGAUAUUUUUAAUCUUUUAAUUUCACCCACGAUCAAGACAAAAAGAAUUUUUUUAAUAACUGAUUGUGAUAAUCCCCAUCCAAUGAAUGAAUAUUUACAUAGUACUGCCAUAACUCGUGCAAAGGAUCUCAUUGAAUCAAAAAUUGGUAUAAACAUUUUUGGCAUUAAUACUAAAGCUGGUGAAUUAUUUAAUUUGGAUGCGUUUUAUACUGAAAUAUUAUCAUUGAACAAUGAUAUUACCAAUUAUUCAUUUGUGAGUACACUCAAGGAUUAUAAAAAAAUGGCAUCUCAAAUUAAGAGUAAAGAAGUGCCAAGAAGAUCUACUUUUUCAAUUCCAUUUCGUUUAUUUGAAGACGAUUCAUUAGAAUUAACAAUUGGUAUUAAAGGAUAUUCAACGAUAAUUGUAAAGAAGAAACCUGCAUAUAAAUAUGUACAUAUGAGAUCAGAGACUGCUCGUAUAGCAGAAAUGAAAACAGAAUGGAUUUGUGCGGAUACAGCCCAAAGGUUAAUGAAAGAAGAUAUGAAAUUUUAUUAUGCUUAUGGCGAUGAAUUAAUUAAAAUCAAUAGCAUUGAUGAUAAAAAAGGAUUAUCACUCCUUGGAUUUAAACCUGCUGGUACUUUAAAAUUUGAACAUAAUAUAGAUCAUUCAAUAUUUAUUUAUCCGGAUGAAGAAGCAGAAGUUUUAGAUGAAGAUGGUCGACAUGUUGAAUCCCCAGGAUUUCAUUUAUUGACUUUGCCAUUUGCAGAAGAUAUUCGAUCUCAUCAUCCAAAUGUAAACAUUUCUCCUGCACCUGAUGAAUCAGUCGAUUGCAUGAAUCGAAUAAUCGGUAAUUUGAUGAUAAAAGAUGGAUAUGAUCCUAAUAACUUUCCAAAUCCGCUUUUAGAAAGAUAUUAUCAUAUUUUAAAACAAAUAGCACUUGAUGAAAAUUUAUCAUUUGAGAAACCUGAUGCAACUUUACCAAAAUAUUCGCUUAUAGACCAGAAUGUUGGUAGAUUAAUCGAAGAAUUUAAUAAGGUAACAAGAAAUUUAGAAUCAAAUCAAAUAAAUUUAACAUCAUUAUCACUAGCAGAGCCAACAGAAACUUCUUCAACAUCUCAUCGUGCUAACUCGCUAUGA